AUGAUUUCCGAUAAGGUGCAUGCAAAGGUUUUUCUUAUGAAAGAGGUCAUGAGGUUUGGGAAGAAAAAUAAGCUGAUUCUCCGAUACAUAGGACCUUUUGAGAUCACAGACAGAGUAGGAGUAGUUGCCUACCAGUUGGAGUUACCAUCAAGCCUUUCUCAUGUCCAUCCAAUAUUUCACAUCUCCAUACUUGGAAAGUACGUUCUUGAUUCUUCUCACGUGUUGCAGCCAGACAUAGUGGAGUUAAAUGAGGAUUUGACCUUCGAGGAGCAGCUUGUUGCCAUAGUGGACUAUCAGAUGAGACAGCUUCAGUCAAAGCAGAUAUCUAUGGUUAAAGUUUUAUGA